GUCUCUUCGUCCGCAUUUGCUCAGCAGACCACCAACAAAUCCACCCAUUUAAAAAGAAAAAAAAAUCUUUUUGUUUUCUUAAAAAAUUCCGCAUGUAGAUGCUGCUUGUGGCCUCCGACUCGCUCUCUUGACUCACCCCGACUCACCCGAGUCAGAAGAAUCUACUCGCCAUGGCCAGUGGUAACCCCCAUGAAGCUCCUUCCGACCAACCUCCUUCCGACGAUUUCUUUGAGCAAAUCCUCGGCCUUCCCAACUUCGCUUCUCCUUCCACCGCCGGUCUUCCCGGAGCCGACGGAGGGCUGGUAGGUCCACCGCCUCCGAUGUUGCUGCAGCUCGGCUCCGGCGACGAAGCUUCUCACAUGGCCGCCAUCGGAGGAGGCAGCGCCGGUGGGUUUCACGGUGAGAUAUUCCCGUUGGGUUUGAGCCUGGAGCAAGGGAAGGGACCUGGGUUUCUUAAGCCUGACGAACCUCAUGGAAGUGGGAAACGUUUCCCUGAUGAGAUUGUUGAUAAUCGAUGUUCCUCUAUGAAACCUGUUUUCCUCGGGCAGCCAAUGCCACAACCAGCUCCAACUGCACCGCAUCCACCAUCCGCAAUUCGCCCGAGGGUGCGGGCUAGACGAGGUCAAGCCACUGAUCCACAUAGCAUUGCCGAGCGGCUACGUAGGGAAAGAAUAGCAGAGAGGAUAAGGGCUCUGCAGGAACUUGUACCGACAGUGAACAAGACAGAUAGAGCUGCUAUGAUCGACGAGGUUGUCGAUUAUGUGAAAUUCCUCCGUCUCCAAGUUAAGGUACUGAGCAUGAGUCGUCUCGGUGGAGCGGGUGCUGUCGCUCCACUUGUAACGGAUAUGCCUCUGUCAUCAUCAGUAGAGGAGGAAGGGAGCGAAGGAGGAAGAACGCAGCCGGCGUGGGAGAAAUGGUCGAACGACGGGACGGAGAGGCAAGUGGCUAAGCUGAUGGAAGAGAACGUAGGAGCAGCGAUGCAGUUCCUGCAGUCAAAGGCACUCUGCAUAAUGCCAAUCUCAUUGGCGAUGGCCAUUUACCACUCUCAGCCAGCAUCUGAUUCACCAUCAGGGAUCAAGCCAGAGACUAAUCCCCCACCAUAGGCUCAUCACUACCCCGAACAUGGUUAAAAAAAAAAACCAGUGAGCCCCUCUUCAUCCCAUCUGCCGUAUGCUUAUGUUUUUGCCCCCUUUUUCUUUUGGCCUCUGCCCACUUCAGCGGGAAAGGUGAUGAUGGAAUCAAAGUAGGGUGUGGAGUGGCAAAGGAAAUUUGUCAAAAAGCUCAAUUGAUUAGAUAUUAUUAUCAGCUCUGCUUUCUUUUCUUUCUUUUUACAAGGUGGACUUUGAUGAAAGCAGCCUUUUUUUUUUGUAUAACUAGGAAAUAACCCGCGCGGAUCGCGCGGACUAAAAAUACAUAUAACUUUUUAAUAUUUUAUAUAACACAUUUUGUUGUUGGUUUUAUAA